AUGCACUCGCUUAAGCGGCCAAUCCCUGACCAGGCCGUAGGGCCGACAAAACGAAGUGCUUGGCAACAGCCAGCGUCAUGUGAGUUCUGCCGGCUCAAGAAGAUCCGAUGUGACAAGCAACGCCCUUGCUCCAGUUGCGUAGCUAGAGAUACAACCUGUGAAUAUGUUACAUUGGCAGGAGGGACCCUGCAUCCAGCGGUCCAAACAGGUGUCAAUGAUAGUGCCCCGGCUACGUACAUAGGCACUCCGUCGUUAGAAAGAGAUAUCCAGGAGGUUAAGGAGCGCUUGAAGAGGGUAGAACAACUGUUGCUGGAACGUCAGAGCCCACUUCAAGGCUCAAAUCCGGGGGACGUAGAUUCUCUGGUUAUUACUCCCCAGCCUGAAUCCAAGGCAGUAUUGCGUAAUGUUAACCACGAGGAGUGGGACAAUCUGGAAUCCAUUGCAGCGUCCCCGCAGACUGAAGGAUUGAAGGAUUCGAAAACUGAAAACAAAAGUCUACAGAGCCAAGCACCCUCGGCAAUAACGCAGGAGUGCGGUAUAGAUCGGCAGCUCCCUCCGGUUGACACAGCUAAGGCACUGCUUGAACACUACGUUCAAGGAGUAGACUAUUUGGGUCGUGUAGUCCAUGCCCCAUCGGCACGCAGUCUCCUUGAAAGUGUAUAUUCUCAGCUGUCACAGUCAACCAGUCCUCCCGCCGAAAGUAUCAUAUUCCUUCUAGCCAUAUUUGCUUCCGCGUCAUUCUAUCUAGAAUAUGCAGGAUCGUCAGACGUUGGGCAAGAUCUCGAACAGGAGAUGAAGCGCCGUUUAUGGUGGCACCUCACUUGUACAGAUUGGUUACUUGGAAGCGCACCCGGCCCACAGCAGGGUAUUUACAUGAUCAGCCCUCACCAUACGACGGUCAAGUAUCCUGCCAAUAUCGAAGACGAAGAUCUGACCGAAGAGGGUAUUCAUCGAUACCCGAAACCCGACCGUCACCCAACAUCGAUGUCAUUCUUCCUCUGUCGUCUCAAAUUCGCCCAACUCUGUCGAGAAUCCAUGGACGCAAUUCAACAUGCAAAGACUACACAACCAUCACAACUCAUAUACCCGCUCAUACUGGAAAUAAGCGACAAGUACAUGUCUUUCCUCAGGGAGCUACCGUGGUUCUUCCGUCUUGAAGACGAAGAAGACGAGGCGAAACGUACAGACUUGACCAAGAAGCAGCCCUACAUCUCGCAUCAGCGCGCUGUGCUUCUCUAUGGCAUUUACUCACGCCUGGGUCGCCUCCACCGCCCGUUCGUCACCAAAGGUAUCGCCGACCCUGGCUUUGCAGGUUCAUACAAUAUCGGUAUCGAGUGCGCGGAGAGACUCCUACGGAUCCGUCGCAUGACGGCGGUCCACGGGAGUCAGCUGCUUGACAUAUUCGGCCGCUCGCAGAGUGUUGACCAGCAUACUUUCAAUGCUAUGCUGCUGCUCACAAUAGAUGUGAUGGCGCAUCCGAACUCGCCUGAUUCAGAGCGCCGCAGAGCGGACGUUAUUGAGAAAUGCCACAUCUUGCAAGAUAAGCAUGUAAGGUUGGGUCAGCCUGCGAAUGGAAUUAGUCGAGCCGUGCAAAUGCUGUUGGAUAUCGUGCGCAAUUCGAACAGGCCCCACAUCAAGGACAAAGAUCGUAUUGACAGCACCGGUCAGGUUGGCUCAAAUACUGCGCAAAGUAUAGAUAGUCUGGUGGUUCCGGAUCAAUGCACGAUGGCAUCGGAAGCAUCGUAUCAAACGGCGUGGAUCGACGAGUUCCUUUCAAUAUCUGAUGAUCAAGAUAUGGACACCCUUUUCGAUGAGCUCUGGGGAUCUUACUCAGAGACGAGCAUUCCAUCUCGGGAGGGCUUCUUGAACCGGGAGGGGCUAUCCUAG